AUGGCUAAAUCAUAUUGCUUGCACCAGUCACCACCAGCGAUUGCUGAAAUGCUGCUACUUCUUAUAUCAGCAUUUUGCUUGCUCAUGGCAGAUGCCAGCAUUGGAGUUUGUUAUGGAACCCUCGGAGACAAUUUGCCAUCUGCACCACAAGUUAUUGCUCUGUGCAAUAAGUAUAACAUUAACAGACUCCGACUCUACAAUCCAAACCAAGCAAUUCUCAAAGCCCUCAAGGGAAACCUCAGCAUAUCAGUCAUUGUAGGCGUUCCAAAUGAAGAACUCCCAGGAAUUGCAAGAAAUCCUUCGACUGCAAAAUCAUGGGUCCGAAAUAAUAUACUCAAUUAUGCUAAUGUGAAUUUCAGGUACAUAGCAGUUGGAAAUGAAAUCAGUCCCAGUUCGAAUUUGGCACCAUAUGUAGUCCCCUCAAUGGAAAACAUUCACAGUGCCAUUUCCGCUGCCAGGCUUGGGUACAGAAUCAAAGUUUCCACGUCCUUAAGCAUGGAAAUUCUUGCACGAUCGUAUCCUCCAUCAACAAGCGUGUUCAAGUCUGAAAUUCUGUCCUCAUUUAUCAUCCCCAUUGUUAACUUUCUUGUGAAAAAUCAGAGCCCGUUGCUUCUGAGUGUGUACCCGUAUUUUGCUUUCAGCAGUAACACGAAGGACAUUAGCCUGGCUUAUGCACUUUUUACAUCUCCUUCGACUGUGGUCAAAGAUGGGAAUUACGAGUACCAAAACCUGUUUGAUGCUAUGGUGGAUGCAACGCACGCAGCAUUGGAGAAGACUGGAGGGACUAAUGUAGAAAUUGUUGUUUCGGAAAGUGGAUGGCCUUCUGCUGGUGGAACAGCAACUACUCUUGAGAAUGCCCGGAUUUAUAACUCCAAUUUGAUUAAACAUGUCGAGAAAGGAACCCCAAGAAGGCCUGGAAAGCCUGUAGAAACUUACGUUUUUGACCUGAUUGAUGAGAAUCAGAAAAGCCCGGAACUUGAGAAGCAUUGGGGACUCUUUCUUCCUAAUCAACAACCUAAAUAUCCCAUGACAUUUGAUAAAAACACAAUGAACGACUCGAUAAUUUCAUAA